CCGGGAGCCGGGGCGAGCAGCCAGGCUCCUCCAGCAGCCGUGAAAAGCCCGACUGCACACCGCCCGCGAGCUGGGCGGCUCACCGCCUUACCGCCUCGAGUCCCAGGGUGCCCGCCGUGGUGGCUGCGAAGGGGCCGGGGCCCGGGAGCGCGGCGCGCGGAGCCCACCACCGCGGCCCGAGGGGGAGCGCACGGCGUGGCGUGGCUCACCGAGCGCGCCUUCCCGCCCUGGCCGCCGGGACCCCGUCGCGCCGCAGCGCCAGAUUCCAGCAAGAUCAUGGCAGAGCAUAGCCACGUGCAAAAGCAGCUUGAUUUACAAAAUGGUAGCUUAGAGGCAGGCUUUGUGACAAAUUCCCUGGAAGACGAUUCCCAAAACGUGAUGGAGAGCCUGAGCCCCAAGAAAUACUCUUCCAGUCUGAGAUUUAAAGCCAAUGGAGACUAUUCUGGCUCUUAUUUAACCCUCUCACAGCCUGUGCCUACUAAGAGAAGCCCUUCCCCUCUGGGAACGAGUGUCAGGAGUAGCCCCUCCCUGGCCAAAAUCCAAGGAAGCAAGCAGUUCUCCUGUGAUGCAACUGACAAAAGCCUUUCCCUGAAACCACCUACCCCUCUACUCAGCACCUCCCCGUCCCUGAGCGGGUAUCCACUUGGGAGAGCGGACUUUGAUCAUUAUACCAGCAGGGACAGUGAAAGGUCCUUGAGGCUCGCAGAGAAGCCUCCCUAUUCCAAAUAUAGCUCAAGGAAUAAAUCCCAUGACAAUGUCUACUUUCUCGGGGGGCUAGAAGGCCGAAAGGCGUCCGGUUCACUCCUGGCCAUGUGGAAUGGAAGUCCCCUGAGCGACACCGGCUUCUCUCCCAUCAGCAGAUCGGGGGCGGCAAGCAUGCCUUCAAGCCCAAAGCAAGCCAGGAAAAUGAGCAGCCAGGACAACCUGACACUUCAGCCCAAGUUGACCCGACACAAGGAGCCGGCAUCUGAAAGCAUGGGUUUAAGAACUAGGAAGUAUUCGGGCAGCAGCCUGAGUCACAUGGGGGCCUACAGCCGCUCUCUCCCCAGGUUACACAGGGCCACAGACAACCAGCUGACACCCCUCACUUUGCCUCCCAGAAACUCCCUGGGCAAUUCCAAACGAGCGAAACUGGGGGAAAAGGAUCUACCUCACAGCAUCGUAGACAAUGACAAUUACCUGAAUUUCUCUUCUUUGAGCUCAGGGGCUUUACCCUAUAAACCCUCGGCUUCUGAGGGCAACCCUUAUGUAAGUUCCACCCUCAGCGUCCCUGCCAGUCCUCGAGUGGCUCGGAAGAUGCUUCUGGCCUCCACCUCCUCCUGUACCUCCGAUGACCUUGACAGGGCUUCCUAUCCGGGGCCCGGCCCUGGUCAUCUGUUUCCUCCUGGAGAGCCGGACAGAGUCUUUGCCACCAGGAGGAACUUCUCUUGUGGAUCUGUCGAGUUCGAUGAUGCGGAUCUGGACAGCCUCAGACAGGCCUCAGGAACCCCCCAGCCUGUCCUUCGGGAAAGGAAAAGCAGCAUCAGCUCCAUUUCAGGCCGAGAAGACCUGAUGGAUUAUCACCGGCGGCAGAGGGAGGAGAGACUCAGGGAGCAGGAAAUGGAGCGACUGGAGAGACAGCGUCUGGAGACGAUCCUCAGUCUCUGUGCUGAAUACACAAAGCCCGACAGUCGCUUGUCCACUGGCACCACCGUGGCAGAUGUGCAGAAAAUCAAUAAGGAGCUCGAGAAGCUGCAGCUCUCUGAUGAGGAGUCUGUGUUUGAAGAAGCCGUGAUGAGCCCUGAAACCAGAUACAGGUGCCACCAGAAAGGCUCUCUCCAAGAGACGGACUUGGCGGUCUUCGGGGGCGUUGGUCAGAGCAGCGCCAGCUUCCUUUCCCCCAGGAGCAUCAGGAAUGAGGACCUGCUCAGGGACCUCACGUCUGCCUUCCUGAAACCUUCCAACGAGUCCGCUUAUCUUAGUAUCCUACCGAAGACCCCAGAGGGUAUAAACGAAGAACAAAGGAUUCAGGAGUUGGCAGCAAUGGAAGAGACCCGGAUAGCAAUUCUCAAUAACCUCGAGGAACUUGAACAAAAAAUCAAAGAUAUAAAUGACCAGAUGGAUGAAUCUUCCAGAGAGUUGGAUAUGGAAUGUGCUCUUUUGGACGGAGAACAGAAAUCUGAAACAACUGAACUUAUGAAAGAGAAGGAGAUUUUGGAUCAUCUAAACCGGAAAAUAGCCGAACUGGAAAAGAACAUUGUCGGUGAAAAGACCAAGGAGAAGGUAAAGCUUGAUGCUGAAAGGGAAAAACUAGAGAGGCUUCAGGAGCUUUACUCCGAGCAGAAGACCCAGCUGGACAAUUGUCCUGAGUCCAUGAGGGAACAAUUACAACAACAACUGAAGAGGGAUGCUGACCUGUUGGAUGUAGAGAGCAAACACUUUGAAGACUUGGAGUUCCAGCAGCUUGAACAUGAGAGCCGCCUGGAUGAGGAAAAGGAGAACCUGACCCAACAGCUCCUGCGCGAAGUAGCUGAAUAUCAACGGAACAUCGUUACCAGAAAGGAAAAGAUUUCUGCCUUGAAAAAGCAAGCCAAUCACAUUGUUCAGCAGGCUCAGAGAGAACAAGAUCAUUUUGUAAAAGAAAAGAAUAAUUUAAUAAUGAUGUUGCAAAGAGAAAAAGAAAAUCUUUGUAAUCUGGAAAAGAAAUACUCCAGCCUCACUGGGGGGAAAGGGUUUCCUGUCAGCCCCAGUACUCUAAAAGAGUUCCCUGCUGAUGCUGAUGCUGUUGCCACUGGGCCUCCCACAGCUGUGCCGGUGAGCCAGCCACAAAAUAAAGAGCAUUUUAGAAGUCUGGAAGAAAGGAAAAAACAGCAUAAAGAAGGCCUCUAUCUGAGUGACACUUUGCCUCGAAAGAAAACCACACCUUCCAUAUCCCCACAUUUCAACAGUGCUACUAUGGGGAGAAGCACCACCCCAAAGGCCCACCUGCCCCUGGGACAGAGCAACAGCUGUGGCAGCGUGCUGCCUCACUCCCUGGCAACCAUGACCAAAGACUCAGAAUCUCGGAGGAUGCUCAGAGGAAGAAUGAAUUUCUCAGCAGGAGCAAUUAGUAAUUCCAAAAGUUCAAGUAUCAAAGGGUAUAAUCACCAACAGAUGAGUGAAGGACAAAGGCAGAAAUCUUCUGAAUUUUACAACCGCACAGCAUCUGAAUCAAAUGUCUACUUGAACAGUUUCCACUAUCCCGAUCACAGCUAUAAGGACCAGGCCUUUGAUACUUUGAGCCUAGACAGCUCUGAUAGCAUGGAGACCAGCAUCUCUGCCUGCUCACCUGACAAUAUUUCUAGUGCCAGCACUUCAAAUAUUGCCAGAAUAGAAGAAAUGGAGAGACUUUUGAAGCAGGCGCAUGCGGAGAAGACUCGGCUGCUUGAAUCCAGGGAACGGGAAAUGGAAGCCAAGAAACGAGCUCUGGAAGAAGAAAAACGACGCCGAGAACUCCUGGAAAAACGAUUGCAGGAAGAAACUAGCCAGCGGCAGAAGUUAAUUGAAAAGGAAGUAAAAAUAAGGGAGAAACAAAGGGCACAGGCCCGACCUUUGACACGCUAUCUGCCCGUCCGGAAGGAAGACUUUGAUUUGCGAAGCCACGUAGAGACUGCCGGCCACAAUAUCGAUACCUGUUAUCAUGUAUCGAUCACAGAGAAGACCUGCCGAGGAUUCCUUAUCAAAAUGGGUGGAAAAAUUAAAACUUGGAAAAAACGAUGGUUUGUGUUUGAUCGGAACAAGCGCACAUUCUCUUAUUAUGCAGACAAGCAUGAAGCUAAAUUAAAAGGAGUAAUAUACUUCCAAGCCAUUGAAGAAGUGUAUUAUGAUCACCUCAAGAAUGCUAAUAAGAGUCCUAACCCAUUACUCACCUUCAGUGUCAAGACGCAUGACAGAAUCUACUAUAUGGUCGCGCCAUCGCCGGAAGCCAUGCGGAUCUGGAUGGAUGUUAUAGUUACUGGCGCAGAAGGUUACACCCACUUCUUGUUGUAGCGAACUGGCGCCAACAGUGUACUUCCGGGCAGACUGCAAUAGUCUCUUACAAGAGUGAAGCCAUAUUCAGUCCGGGAUGGAGAGACCCGGACCCACAGGCCCAUCCCUUUAACUGUGUAUACUCAGAACUCCUUUUUACAUUAACAGGAAGUCAUUUGUAAAAGAGAAAAAGGGGGGUUGAAUUCAAAGCUUGACGACAAGUAGCGAAAGGAUUGAAGCACCUGUGAGAAAGAAAACACUAUUUUGGUAAAUAGCAUCACUUAUAGGAACACUUCUUAUAAACUGUUUUUUAUCAAUUGUUUACUUUGGUGAAAUAAACUGAACAGUUUACAAAAAUGUAUGUACUUGGAAAUACGAAAUUAUUUUAGCACCCAAAUUAUUGGCAUUGACAUUAUUCCUUAAUCAACUGACGUUUUAAAAACCAUUUUGCUGAAGGUUAUUUUGUAAGUAGAAGCAAAUAAGGGGUUGGGGGAGAGUUUUAGGAGUUUUGCCCUAAUUAUUAAGUACUGCACCUAAACCAAAGACUUGACGUGACUUCUGUUUAAUAGUGGUAGUUUCAAGUGAUGAACUGUAUUUGGUGUUACUCUACAUUUUAAAAUGGUACUUUGAUGCCAUCAGUUGCCCAGGAAGUUGACUCUGGAGAGUUACCACUGGCAUAAGCGACUGUACAUAUAUAGCAAAUCACUUGUUGUAAAAGAAGAAAAAACAAAAAGUUGUGUGUUUUAGACAGAAGCAGUCUUAUUAGACAGGCAUUCUGUCACUUGGAGCGAUUAAAAAUAAAGAGACUAUUUCAUGUUUUGCUAAAGAUUUCUCCAUUCCCGGUGCUGAGAAUAAAGGUAGCCAGUAGCCGAUUUCCUUAGGUUGUCUGUUUGCUCUUUAUCGUGGAACACACCUCUUUUUGCAGCCUCACGUGACAUAACGAUGAAACCAGAGCCCUAUUUUCACCAAAGAACAGACCAGUGAAAAUACUUACUUACAGAAGUAAUGUUAUAGAACAAGGAAAAUGAACUCCAACUUAAUGUUCUCUGUAAUGUACUAUUUUAUUAUGUAUUUCUUUACAAUUAGCUUUAGUUUUUUUAGAGUUAAGUUAAUUUUUCUUGAAUGAAAUGACUUCAGGCAAGUCUCUUUUAUAACAGUUUUUCAAAUGCCACUUAUCCUGGUCUGUCAUGUUGUGUGUAUUUGUAAGUAUGAACGUAUUCUUUCCUAGAAGUUUGCAAAUGAAUCGAAGUAGAGAAUAAUUAAUGGCUUUGCUUACUAGUACAAGGUGAAAUGACUAUAUUGGAAGUGUCCAUAACAUCUUGAUCUGGCCUGACUGGGUACAAUGUUUAAAAAUUUGCAUUCUGGUUUGCACACAUGUAUACACGUUGCCAAUAAUAAGAUUUUGCAACUGGAUGACUCAUGAUUUUAUUUGAACAGUGGAGAACAGUGGAGAACAAGGUCACUAUUUCAGAAGACAGUUUUAUAAUCUGUUUUUUUCAGACAUCAGCCCUAAACCCUUGUAAUGAUCUAAGAGAGUGAAAUGCAGUUGCUAAAAUUUUGUUGGUUAAUGUAAGAUAUAACUUUUCUGUACUGUACUGUACUUUCUCUAUAGGAUUAUGAAGAUAUUCUAAUCAACGUUAUAUUAUGCAUGAUGUAGUAAACCUUUUAAAAUGUGUGUUAAAAUAUGUUGAGUAUGGAUUAAAAUGUUGACCAGAUUUCA